CCCGAAAAGCACAACAGGAAGUGUUUUCUGCUGGCGGGAAAUACACUCUUCCUUGUACGUUGCCGAACUGUGAUUUUGUCUGCACCGUCGUUCUGGUGUAUUUGUGAAUUUAUACACAUUAGUUCGAUCAUGAAGGCUGAAAUUGAUAGAAUAAUUUACCUGUCAGAUGGCGACAGUUCUGUGGAGCUUCAAAAAUACUUGUCCUCCGUGACUGAAGACAAGUUGACCACGCUACUUACCAACAGUGCAUUGAAGGGCAAGAACGUUGGCCUCAUUAUUAAAGCCAUAUUCAAAGGCUCUCCACCCAAUUCCACCGAAGGGUCAAAUCGCAGACUGCUGCUUUAUCAACAUUGUAUCCCACUCUGUGAGUCUGGUGACCUCCAAAGUGAAGUGGCAGCUGACAUCAUUGGACUGCUCAUGCUAGAGACACACACUCUGAAUGGAUCCUCUCUUGCAAAACUGGCAGAAUUUUUUGUUAAAGAAGUAAAAGUGGGAAAAAUAUUCCAUGGGAAGUCUUUGGAAUUAUUUCCUACGGUGCUCACUGCCCUGGCAGCCUGUGAAAAGUUGUCAUAUGGUAAAGGUGAACUCAGUGGUGAGGAAUACAAGAAACAGCUGAUCAAUAGCCUCUGCUCAAGCAGAUGGGACUCACAGUGCGUUAUCCACUUGACCACGAUGUUCAGGGAUGUGCCUUUGUCAUCAGACGAGCUGAAAUUCCUAGCGGAGAAAGUGCUGCGUAUGUUCAGCAAACUUGACCUGCAGGUGAUCCCGCCGCUUGUUUAUCAGCUGCUGUUGUUAUCUGCAAAGGGUUGCAAGAGACAGAUCCUGGAUGGAAUCAUCGCUUAUUUUAAGCAGCAAGACAUAAGCCAACAUGAAGAGCAGAGACACGGAGAAAGCUUGGAUCUGGAGGUUCAGUCCAUACCACAGGAUCAGUUACGACAUGUUGAAGGAACGGUUAUCCUCCACAUUGUCUUUGCUGCAAGGCUGGACCAUGAACUUGGGAGAGAAUUCCUCAAAAGCAUCAAGACAUCAUACGGGGACCUCUGCCCUUUCAGCGUUGCUCUACUGCUCUCUGUUGCACGCAUCCAACGCUACGAGGAACAGGUGUUUGAACUUUUGAAGGGAGCGAUUAUGAAGAGCUUCAAAGAUGAACAGUUGCUGCAGGGAUCCAAGUUCUUGCAGGACCUCCUGCCUGAGCAUUGUAGUGUUUCUCAGAUGAUUUUGGACACAGUGAAAAACAGUGUGUUUGGAUGGGAUCAUGUGACCCAGGGGCUGGUGCAGCUGGGCUUCUUCCUAAUGGACACAUUUGGACCAAAACCUGGACCAUUUGGCAAGACCACAGAAGGGUCUGCGACUGUGGCCAGAACCCCCACUCAGCUGGCAUGCAAACUUGGAGGUCAGGUUCUCCUGCAGGGCUUUAAGAUGCACGAAGCAAUCAGAGGAGAUAUACUGGAGCAAGUUCUGAAUAGGCUGGUCACAAAGACCGCCUCACCUGUCAAUCAUUUCUUAGACCUGUUUUGUGACAUUGUGACCUCCGCUCCUAUGAUACUACUGGAGUCGUCCUCCAAGGUGACAGAGACUUUUGAUCACCUGUCAUACCUGCCUUUGGCCACAGUGCAGGGCUUGCUGAAAGCUGUCCAGCCUCUGCUGAAAGUCAGCAUGUCCAUGAAAGAUGCUUUGAUUCUGGUUCUCCGAAAGGCCAUGUUUUCCAGCCAAUUGGAUGGGCGAAAGUCGGCCGUGACUGGCUUCUUGUUGUUGUUGAAGAACUUCAAAGUGUUGGGCAGCUUGUCCUCCAGCCAGUGCAGCCAGACAAUCUCCUCAAGCCAGAUCCAAGUGGACGUUCAUUCUCGCUAUAAUGCUGCUGCCAACGAAGCGUUCUGUCUGGAGAUCCUCAGCAGCCUCCGUCGUUGCCUCGGCCAGCAGGCGGAUGUGCGCAUCAUGCUCUAUGAGGGCUUCUAUGGCGUUCUCAGUCGGAACUCUCAGCUCGCAAGCGCCAUCAUGCAGACACUUUUAUCACAGCUGAGGCGCUACUACGAACCUGAACAAGAUCUCCUGCCCCCUGUGAAAUUGCAGCCAUGCAUCACUGCUCAUGGAGAACAAGUCCACAUUCAGGAGCCUUUGGCCCACCUUGUGAGCUGCACUGUGCAUUGCCUGUUGUGGCUUAAAAAUAUGCCACGUUCAACCAGAACCGACGACAGUGAUGAGGACGAGGACGAGGACGAGGAGGGAUACCAGUCAGAGCUCCAGACAAUUCUAGAGAGCGUGACAAAACGCAUGAUUAAAUGUGAAAUGGAGGACUUUGAACUGGACAAGUCAGCCGAAUUCUCGAAUGGAUCCAGUGUUGGCGUGAAGAAUAAUAUAUUUGCUGUGCUCGUGCUGGGAUUGUAUGAGGUCCUCAUAGAGUAUAACUUUACCAAGGCUAAUUACAGUAAAAUCCACUUCGAGGAGCUGAUGGAGCUUUUUAACCGCUACCACAAGCUGUGUGAGAUCCUGAGGGAGAAAUCUGGAAAGGCUCGGAUGCCCUCAAACAAGAUUCCUCGAAGUUUACUUUCCAUGAACUUUAUAUCGACUCUUCUCACCGUGCUCUUCAGGGACAGUUCUCAGAGCAGAGAGGAGGCGGUCUCUGUGCUGCGCUCCAGUGAUGAAUUUCUGCGUUAUUCGCUUUGCGUGGCGGUGCAGAAGAUCCAGCAGCUGGAGGAAACGGGCGUGGCAGACGGCCCAGAUGGACAAAGCUCAGACUUGACUUUCCGCUUCCUGUGUGAUAUGACAAGUGUGCUCAUGUGGCGGUACACCUACGUCCCGAGCACAGUGGAGGAUGCUGGGAAGAAGGAUAAGCGGUCCAGUCUGUCACAUUUGUGCCUGGAAGGUCUUCUCAGGAUAUUCACAACCUGUCAGCAGCGCUACCCUGAUAAGAUGCCCAAGCUUCUCUCUUCCAUCGGAAACUCUCAGGAUGUCGCUGAGCAAGAAGAUGGCGACGGGAUUAAUUAUGUUUACAUCCGUCAAUUUCAGAGAGCGUUAUUUGCCCAGUUAAGUCGAGGAGAAGAUGACUUCAACAGCAAAGAAGCUCAGCUCUUGGUCAGCAUUUUGAGUGUGCUUUCCCUCCAGUUAAAGCCCUCAUCUCAGCAGUUUGUCCAGAUGAUCACGUGGACGGUGAAAAUCUGCAAGGAGACCCACUUUGAGGACGCAGCUUUGUCCAAGGGGUUGCUCUCGCUUCUCUUCAGCCUGCACGUUCUCUUUAAGAGCCCUGCCAGCUUGGUGCUCGAACUCUGCCAGGACAUCCACAGCCACCUGGGUGAUAUUGAUCAGGAUGUGGAGGUAGAAGAACAGUCCCACUUUGCUAUUGUCAACAAGAAGACGGCAACGGCUGCAGCACUGCUGGUCUUAUCCCAAGUGGACAAGGUGCUAGAUGAAGUGGACUGGCUGAUCAGUAGAAGGAAAAACCACACAGCCUCUGACAGAUCAGACCCUGACGAGGAGAGCACACAGGCUGCAGGUCGUCAGGAUCCUGUGGAAAAAGCAGUGACGCUGCAGCUCGGCACCCUUUUGACAGCACUAAACGAGUUGGUCCAGACCACACUGCAGCUUGGGACUUGUACCCUCACAUUGCUGAGAGAACUGAGCCGCACGUACACCAUCCUCACCACGCUGGUUAAAUAUUACAUCCAAAUGUGUGCCACUCAAAGUGGUAAACUACCUUCACGCUUUGAGAAGCUGGUCAAACUGUCUGGUUCCCACCUGACUCCACAAUGCUACUCUUUCAUCACAUACGUCCAGGGUGGAGAUUCGAGUACUUCGGGUGUAGAUAAGAAGAAAAAGAAAAGGACUGAAGUGAACACUGUUGCUUCUGCAAAACUCCUCCGUGAAACAAAGGCUAUUCCCAAUUUAAUCUUCAGCAUUGAACAGUAUGAGAAAUUCCUCAUCACUCUCUCCAAGAAGUCAAAAGUGAACCUGAUGCAAUACAUGAAACUGAGCACAUCACGAGAUUUCCGCAUCAACGCUGCUACCCUGGACGCGGCCCUGCAGGAGCAAGACGACAGUCAGGAGGUAAGCGUCAAAGUGGAUGAUUCUGUGUUUCCGUGUUUACAUUUAUCUCUAUUCUCUUUAAGGCUGUGUCCCAAGAUUUGGAAGAAACUCAAGAACCCAAACAGAAGAAAAAGAGAAAGCAAUGAGCCGAGAUGCUCCUGUUGGUUCGACGCCGAUGAGCCUCCAGGCAACUUGUGUUCACUUGUUCUGUGUAUCCUUUCCCUGGGUUCCUUUAUUGAGGGAGCCUUUGGUGAUGUCAAUUAUUUGGUAGAUGUCCAAGGCUUCGCCUAAAAAGCACAUUAUGUUUGUUAAUGUUUUCUCGAAUAUUAGUUUAUUUUUAACUAGGACUACAUUUUAUAUGUAUUAACACAAAUGGUCACCGGUAGUGGCUGUCUUUUUGGCUGACAUUAAAACUUCUACCAUG